GGGUCGAGACCCUUCUUUAGACCGGCUUCGACCCGAAACGUCACCGAUUCCUUUUCGCCAGAGAGUCUGACCGGCUGAGUUACUCCAGCUUUUUGUGUCUAUCUUCGGUUUAAAAACAGCAUCUGUAGUUCCUUCCUACCCAAAAUCAUGUGCCGUUUGUGCUCAGAAGUCGCUGGAGCUCAUAUAUGUUGUUUACAUUCAUGAGCUAAUUGCCGCAUGAGCUGCCGCUAAGAAGUGCCCAGAGCCGUGAGAGGUUAUACAAUCAAGCGUGGUCUCAAUGUUCUCUAUCAAGCGUACUACACAGCAGACUGCAACACUCUUGUAAUUGAACCGAGGGAUCGAAAGUCACAGGGCAGUGGAAAUCGUAGGCUAAGGGUCAGGGCCACGUAUUUCCUCUACACGAUGUACUUAUUCCACGAGUGAGCUGAAAGGAAUAGAAUUGAUUUUCAUUCAGCGGGUUUGUCCAGUAAAAGCAACAGGUUUCUGGACCACGAUGGAAGUUAAUACAGCAGACAAACAGCUCUGACUGAGGCGGGAUCCGAAGCUCUUUGGAUGGGGUUAAUGUAUCUGACCGUGGGCAGGAGAACAUUGUAGAGCCGGCAAGUGCGGGACGAGGCGGGUUUACAGCCAGAGACAGAUAUUUAGCCGGUUCCCGGGGAGAUUCUCCGGCCGGUUUACUUGAGGGGCCGGGAACCUGGCGCCAGCUGCUCUGGGCGGCUCCAACUUGACUCGGACUAAAUCCGUCCCGGAUUCGCACCUCUCGGACUAUCCAGGGGCCCUCAAACGCCCUCCCUCCCCCUGGGGUCACCAUGAGUGCCGAUUGCAGCGGCUAUUAUAAUAUCGAAAAUAUCUUCGUUUCUAAUUUCACGUGUCCCAAACCCGAAGGCAAUCUCGGCGCCAAAUACUGCUGCGGCUUUAACGACAUCAAAUAUUGCUGUGAUGACCCUAACAGCUUCUUCCCGUACGCCUACAACUACAUGUGGUGGUUAAGUAUCUGGGCUCUGGUGGGGCUUUCCAUAGCUGCUGUGGUUCUCCUGGCUUUCGUCAUCACGGUUUGUGUUUUGUGCUACCUUUUCAUCUGCACUAAACCACAUUCUCGACUGGAUAAUGGAUUAGAUCUGCAAAUACUGGGUACUGAACAAAUAUUGGAAACUCCGAAUCAGUCUAGUGGACCAAACACCAUUCAGAAGCAACUUCAGAGUCGGAGGUUAGAUUAUAGCCGGCCAAAUCAGCCACCUGAACCUGACCGAUUGUUCCAGAGAUGUUUCAUGGCUACUGUGACAAGAAUUAACAUACAAGGAUCCUCCUAAAGUUCUUGCUCUUUCUAGUUUUGAAUUAAUGAAUAUAAAUUGUUGUAUGAGUUGUGCUUGUGCUCAAUGUGUCUCAUGUUAUAAUAUUGUCUUGGGCAAUGGUUACAAACAGGCUUUGUUUAAUGUUGUUUGAAGUGCCACAACAGAUUUUGGCCUUUAAUGUCAUGAACAUUGAACUUGAGAUGAGAAAGAAAGAUUAGGGAAUUAAGAAAUAUGUCAGCUAUGACCUUGGAAGAAAGAAUGAAAGAAGCUAAGGAAAUAAUUUUUGUGAUUUCCUGCAAAGUUGCCAGAUGUUCAGAUUGACCUGAAGAGUUCUAGCUGAUUGCUGAUAAACGUAUAAUUUUAGAUCAAAAUUCUGAUCACAACAGUAUCUAUUCAUCUUUAAUGUCUGUGGACAAGAAUUGAUUAACCUUGGUAAUGGCCAAGGCCAGUACAUAUUUGCUAUAGAGUACAUGUAGUCAUAAUGCUUUCAUAUUUAAGUAAAAAAGAACUGCACUUAUCGUGCAGAAACUUACUAAUUUGGAGAAUCAAUGAAGGGCCAUUAUUUGACAAAACAUCUUGCUCUGUUUAGUGGAUAAUUCAUUGAGCCAAAGGUUUUCUGCAUAAAAGGAGAAGUAGGAUUGGACCUGAUCUGUUUGAUGGCUGACACAAAAUGCUGGAGUAACUCAGCGAGACAGGCAGCAUCUCCGGAGAGAAGCAAUGGGUGACGUUUCGGGUCAAGACCCUUCUUCAAACUGAAGAAGUCUGAUGGCUGUGCUGUUAAUUCAGUGUGUAGUUCCUGGAAGUGAAAAUAUGUUUUGUGUUUUUUAAUUGUGUGCCAUUGGCAGAUUUUAUUUGUUUUUUUUUAAAUGGGUCCUCUGAUUUCCUUUGUCCCUGAUUGAAUGCCAAAAGAUACUUUGUGCAUUCUCCCACUUCACAGGACGAGCCAGCAUAUCAUUCCCCAUCCAUUGAGAACAACCCUUGAGAAGGUGGUGAUGUGCUAUCUGCUUGAACAGCUGCUGACCGUCAGUCCCGAGCUCACUUCCUAAACCGAGGGAAUUGCAGCAUGUUGACCCAGUGAUGGUGAAGGAAUGGCAAUAUAUUUCCAGGUCAGGAUGGUGUGUGGCUUGCAGGACAACUUCCAAGCAAUGGUGUUCCCAUGCUUUUGCCCUAGUCUUUCCUGCUGGUAGAGGUUAUGAGGUUGAAAGGCAUUGUUCAAGGAGUCUUAGUGAGUUGUCGCAGUGUAGAUAUUACAAACCGCUGAUUUUAAGAGAAAUCUGAUUAUUAAUAAGAAUUUUAACAACUGGUUGCACAGGUAUUAAUUUUAAUUUAUGGUCCGAAGGACCUGUACUUGUGCUGUACUGUUCUAUGUUCUGAAUCUAUUGUCAUCUGUUAGAUUACAUAUUGAGUAGAGUAGUGGAUGUUGUCAACAUGGAUUUUAGUAAGGCGUUUGAUAAAGUCACCCAUAUGGUAGGCUGAUCCAGAAGAUCAAGAUAGACAAUUGGUGCAGGUGUAGGCCAGUCGGCCCUUCAAGCCAGCACCGUUAUUCAAUGGAUUCAUGGCUGAUCAAUGUGAUCAUGGCUGAUGCAUGGACUUAAUAGUGACUUGGUCGUGUGGAUUCAGAAUUGGCUUACUGAUAGAAGACAGAGGGUUGUGGAGGGAGAGCAAUAAUCAAGCUGGAGUUCUGUGACCAGUGAAGUUCCACAGGGAUCAGCGCUGGGACAUCUGCAUUUAAUCUAAUGCAACUGCAUCUAAAUCUGGAUUUCUAGGUGCGUCACAGUGGCGCAGCGACAGUGUUGCUGUCUUACAGUGCUAAAGACCCGGGUUCGAUCCUGAUUAUGGGUGCUGUCUGUACGGAAUUUGUACUUUACCCCUGUGAAUUGGCAGAAACACUUCAUCCUCAUUAACAGUCAGUACAGGAGCACCGCAAGGCUGCGUGCACAGCCCCCUGCUUUACUCUAUACCCAUGACUGUGUAGCUGGACAUAGUGCGAACUCCAUCAUCAAGUUCACCGACGACACCACUGUUGUGGGAUGAACAGUCAGAGUAUAGAAGUGAGAUCAACCGAUUGACCAAAUGGUGCCAGCACAACAACCUGGCUCUCAACAUCAGUAAAACCAAGGAACUGAAUGUGGACUUUGGAAGGGUAAGGAUGAGGACCCACAAACCUGUUUAUAUCAAUGGGACGAUGGUGGAGAGGGUCAAAAAUUUCAAAUUCCUGGGCGUGCAUAUUUCUGAAGAUCUUUCCUGGACCCAGCACUGUGUAUAAACUUAAACUGAAUGUGAAUGAUGAGAAGCAUUAGCACAGGUCUAUUUGAACAGUACAAGUUGCAGUAGUACUGCUUCCAAAGCGGCAACUUUUUGAAUGUUAUGGGUGUUGCGGUGCAAUUAUAAAAAAGGCACAUCAGCGAUUCUACUUCCUGAGAAGAUUACGGAGAUUCGGUAUAUCAAUUAGGAUUCUCCUGAACUUCUACAGGUGCACGGUAGAGAGCAAACUGACUGGUUGCAUCGUGGCCUGGUUCGGCAACUUAAACGUCCAGGAGCGGAAAAUACUGCAAAAAGUUGUGACCACUGCACAGUCCAUCACCAGCUUUGACCUCCCCACCAUCGAAGGGAUCUAUCGAAGUCGCUGCCUCGAAAAGGCAGCCAACAUCAUCAAAGACCCACACCAUCCUGGCCACUCACUCAUUUCACCAUUGCCAUCCGGAAGAAGGUACAGGAGCCUGAAAACUGUAAAGUCCAGGUUCAGGAAUAGCUGCUUCCCUACA